AGUGUAACACUCAACACUCACGUGGUUGUGCAUAUAAACAAAUGUUGCGUUUAAAAGACCAUAUAGUCUAAAUGAGUGUCGUUAACACCUAUAGGAAUACAAAAUGAGUUCAUAUGGUAGUUGGUGCACUUUUAACUUCACUUAUAGAAGUCGCCGGUUUGAUGAUGUAUUUCAGACUGUCUGAUCGACAGUAAAUAGUUUUGAUCUUGGUGAGGUAAAGACAUUUUUGUGGUUAUGGCCUGUAAUGAUGAUGUCUGGCAGAUAGCAGGACGCCGCAAAGGCGCUGCCCGAAGAGGAAAACCACCCUUAAAUCCAAAACCAGACUCUUCUCAGGUCCAUGACAUCAAACUGGACAAGCAGAGGAUAAUCAAUGCCAUGAAUGACCUGAGAGGAGAAAACUUCUGUCUGGAAUGGAGAGAUCUGCUGUCAGAGCAUCUUCUUUCCAAUGCUUCAGCAUCCUCGGAGAAAAUUAAAGAUGUGCCUCUUCAACAUUGUGUGUGUUACGGUUUGGGUAACUUUGCCUCUUGUGUAUCUGCCCGAUACCAACUUGCAAUGUUGUUACUGCUUCUAGAUACUCUCCAGAUUCCAGUGGGCAGUUGUUGUGUGUAUGAUCCUGUGUUUUCUGUGUCCGAGUGUGAUGCUCUCCGAGAGUUCGGCUUCACUGUGCUCACCGAGAAUGAGGAGGGGAAACGAGCGGUGUGUGAACCGACCCUGUUCUACUUGAUGCAUUGUGGGAAGGCUCUAUAUAACAACCUACUGUGGAGAAACUGGUCGCCCUGGGCACUGCCAAAUAUCAUUAUUAUUGGCAACAGUUUUCAUGGCAUUCAAGAAAGGAUGCUUCAGAGAGAGUUUCAAGGAGACUACAGCUUCCUUUCAAAUGUGAUAAGUGUGUGCGAUGAGACGUCUCUGCCCUGCUCACCGCGCUUCCUGGAUGUGUUUAAUGACACUGCGCUCAUUCGGUUCCCUCCUGAAAAUCUGAACAAACUAGCAGACACCACGUGGAUUGAGCCUUUAGAGCCGCUGUACCAACACUGCAAAGAUCUUGAGAUCAUCCAGAGAAAGAAAUCCUGCUGAGGAAUAAACUUUCACUACUUUAAAUAUUUAACAAGACUCCUGUUGAUUAUUUGUUACACUACAAGAAAAUAUAAUUUUCUGUUUCUCUUACACACAAAAAUCAGCCACAACAUUAAAACCACCUGCC